CAAGGACAUGACCGACGUCUACGUGAGUCUCCCAAUUCCACUAAAACUCUCUCUCCAUCACGUGUUUCAAUUACUAACUUGUUUCGCCUUACAGGAUGGCAUCGGCGAGGGCCGCAUUGGCUCCCCGCGCUCACCGACUCGACCUCACAGCAUGCGCCGACGCCAGAGCAUGCAGGUGCUCGAGCUCGAAUCCAAGGUAGACCAGCUGUUAGCAGAGAACCGCAUGCUCAGCGAUGCACGCAAUCAAUUCGAACAAUCAUCGAGCCAUCGCGCAGUCAGCCUCGUCGCAGAACGCGAUGCCGAAAUCGACUCCCUCAAACAAUCUCUUACCUACCUGCAACAAGAAGUCGACCGCCUGACCGAAGUCAAUGAAGGCCUCAGCAGCGCGAAUGCCCAAAUAGCCGUGACACACACUGAGCGCUACCGCCAGCUCGAGACGCAACACGCCGACGCAGCGCGAGACCUCGAACAACUGCGCGUCGCCCACCACCACCACAGCAGGACGCUGGAAGACAAGGAUGCCGAGAUCGCAGACCUGCGCGCCCAGCUCGAAGCCACCAAGGAGCAGAUCCGGGAGAUGCAGCAGCAGAUCCUGUCCGCCAAUCCUGCCGGCGACUGCGAGUUCCUCAACAUCCAGGACGUCGAUCACUUCGACCACAGGUGCCAGCAGCUGUGCUCCCACGUGCAGCAGUGGGUGCUCCGGUUCAGCAAGUUCAGCGACAUGCGCGCGUGCCGCCUCACGUCGGAGAUCAACGACGAGAAGAUCAUCGACCGGCUCGACAACGCGGUGCUGGACGGCUCCGACGUCGACAAGUACCUCCGCGACCGGGUGCGGAGGCGCGACAUCUUCAUGAGCAUGACGACGACCAUGAUCUGGGAGUUCGUCUUCACGCGGUACCUCUUCGGCAUGGACCGCGAGCAGCGCCAGAAGCUCAAGUCGCUCGAGAAGGUGCUCCUCGAGGUGGGGCCGCCGCAGGCGGUGCGGCAGUGGCGCGCCAUCACGCUCACGCUCCUGGCGCGCCGGCCGGCGUUCAGGCAGCAGCGCGACCAGGACACCGAGGCGGUCGUGCAGGCCGUCUUCCAGACGCUGUCGGUCAUCCUGCCGCCGCCGAGCAAUAUGGAGGACCAGAUCCAGAACCAGCUCCGGCGCGUCAUGCGCGAGGCCGUCGACCUGUCGAUCGAGAUGCGCACCCAGCGCGCAGAGUACAUGAUGCUCCCGCCACUGCAGCCCGAGUACGACGACGCGGGCGACCUGGUCGAGACGGUCGCGUUCAACGCGCAACUCAUGAACGAACGGUCCGGCGGCGGCCCCGACGGCGACACCACCACCACCACCACUAACGAGGAGUGGGAGGCCGCCGGGUCGACGGUGCGCGUCGUCCUGUUCCCGCUGGUCGUCAGGAAGGGCGACGACGCCGGCGUAGGCGACGACGAGGUCGUCGUCUGCCCGGCCCAGGUCCUCGUCGCCAGGCCCGCCACCCCGGGGAAGAGGGCCGCGACGGUUCGCAUGGUCACGCCUAGCAGCGACGCGGGGGGCGCGAGCCUCGGCGUCGGGGGGGGCGGGGCGAGUCCGAGCCCGGUUGGGUUGGGGAGACAUGCGGGCUCGAGUAGUGUUAGUAUGCAGGAUGGGCCGUUCUUUUGAGUUCGGUUCGCGGAGGGAGGGGGGGAGAUGGAAUGGAUGCCGUCAAAAGAAUAAUCGGGUGGAGGAAAGGAAGUUUUCUGGGUUGCAUGGCAUGAUCAGGGAGUUUAGGGGAUUGUGUUGAUUUAUAAUGUCGACUUCUAUUUGUUGAGAUAUGUUUCUUGUCCUGUUUCUCGUGCUUCCCUUCUUCUGGGUUGCUUCUCGGUUUUUUCUUCUCUUUUCUUCCUGAACCUGUUCCUCUACUCCUGUAUACCUGGGCUCGGGUUCUGGCUAGACAGGUCAUAUAAUUGGUAACGAACGAAUAAUGAAUAUCCUUGUCUAUUA